ACAUCCAUAGAGUUCCCGUGUAGCCCUCGGUCAAUUUACUCUGCGUUGAGUUGCGGCUGAAGGGGCAGUGUAAACAAGGAAGUAAGAUCUUAGCGAUCUGCCAUCCCCAACUUUCCCCCACUGAUCAACAACAACACCCCAUAUCACUUCCUGCACGUCUCCGCGUCUGCUACGAUGACCGUCUACUACAGCUACCACAUGCCCAUCUGGUUGGGAAUUCUGGAAUUAUUGUUCCUCAUAAUCGGCUUGAUCGCGACCAUUAAAAGUUAUUAUUACAAAACUUAUAACCAGAAUCUAUUCAGCUUCGUCACCUUGAUGUUGUUUCUUACCCUUAUCCUGGAUCCGACUCGUUUCGCCCUGCGAACUACGAAGAAACUACCGGACGGCUCCGAAGUGAGGGUUAAAAAGCCAAUAAUUGCUUUUAGACGCUACGAGGAGACGAGUGAUAGUUUUCUUGGUGACGAUGGUGACACGCUUCCUGAGUAGUGACGGUUUGAACGGGCGUAUUUGAGGAUUUA